UAUCCUUUUCAUUUAUAAUGCUGGAUUGAUUACAACAUAAAACCUGUUUUAACUUGCUCUAAAAUGAUGGUAUAAAAUUAUUAAAAUGCUAAAGGUAUCUUCACUAAACUGUGUCAGUUGUUGGGGAAAAGAGGCUGGCAUUUUAUUUACUGUGUAUACAUCUUAAAUGGCUAACUAAUGGUAUUAUAAUUAGAUUUACUACUACUAGAUUUUCUUGAUCAAAUCGUUUCGCUGCCUUAGAGUCUGUAUCGCCUUUGCAUAGAUGUUUUACAGCUAUGUCAUAUUGAGGACCAUUCUGACAUCACUGAAGGGGGUUGAUGGGGGCGAACUCAUUCAUACCUUUGAAAUGGCUUUACACCCACUAACACCUGCUUCCCAGCAAGCUUUCGAGUGUAUAUCACAAGCUUUGUCGCCUUGAUAACAUUUACCAUUAGAAGUCAUGGGAAAAUAUGACAGGAAAAAAUCUUCGCAUGUAUGAUUUUAACUUGAUGUCAUUCCAUAUGGAGUUAUAUAUGUGCCACAAUUCUGCAAGAUGAGAUUGAGCGCACAAAAAUUGAUAUUUAUUUUGAACACGCAAGAUGAUAUUUUGAGUGCAAACAAAUUUUUCUGCAUGCGCAAGAUGAUAUUUUGAGCGUACAACAAAAUGUUCUGCAUGUGCAAGAUGAUAUUUUGAGCGCACAAAAAGUUUAGCAUGCGCAAGAUAUUUUGAGCGUACAACAAAAUGUUCUGCACUUGCAAGAUGAUAUUUUGAGCGCACAAAAAGUUAUUUUGAAUGCGCAAGAUAUUGAGCAUACAACAAAAUGUUCUGCAUGCGCAAGAUGAUAUUUUGAGCGCACAAAAAGUUAUUUUGAAUGCGCAAGAUUUGAGUACAAAAAAAAGGUUCUGCAUGCGCAAGAUGAAAUUAAGCCCACAAAAAGUUUAGUACGUGCAAGAUGAUAUUUUAAGUGCACAACAAAAUGUUAUUUUGCACGUGCUUGAACUCAGUUUUGUAGAGCAACAUAUCUUCUUUCAAAGAUAAAUUCAUUUUGAGCAAAUGAAAAUCAGUUUUGCGCUUGAAUAAAGUUUGCUUGAAUGUGAAUUUCAUCAGAAUUCUUACAUUUUGCCUUCUCCUCCUACCCACUUUGCGUGCAAAAUACCUUUUUGCAUGCUCAAAAUAUCAUCUUGCGCACGCAGAAAAUUUUUAGGCGGUCAAAAUAUAAUUGUGCGCGCGCAGAAUUGUGGCACUAAUAUAACUCCACAUUUCCAGGCAUGGAUGAAACGCGUGAGAGGAGGCUGUUGAGAAAAAAAGACUGUGGGAGAUCUCCUUCAACUUCAAAUGAAUGGCAGCGGUUUAAAUUAAACUUCACGCUGCUCUGAACACUUAUGACAGCCGGACACUCAAAUGGUCCCUCUACAUUCUGUCUGCACCCCCUGUCACCUUUCUAAAAGCCGACAAUGAACACACAAAGUUGAAUUCCAAAAUGGUUGCAGAGGUUGUUGUUGCACUGUUAACUGUUGUCAUGUCCCCCCAGUGCCUGUAGUUGUGCUGUAAGAAGCCUCGCAUCCGAUGACAAAACCAACACCCCCUUCUCCUUGUGUACGGCUAGUUUUAUUUCAAUAACCGUCAAAGAUGUGUCAGUAGGUUUCGUAUAUAAUUAAUCGCACGCGUGAAAACACAACAUCUGCUAGCGUAAAGUGGAAACGUGCAGGCGGAAUAUCUCCGUUGAGAGUAAUAGCCGUCGACCGUAUGAGAGGAUCAGCGUAGCUUGUCUAGCGAUCGGGGCAUGUGCGGCUGACGGGAAGCACCGGACUCAAGUAAAAGCGCAAGCCGCUUAUCACGCACGGCAAGGCGGGUGUAUCGUUACCCGACUUGCGGGGAUUCAGGAGGUUUCACAGGCCAACGCUGAUGUUUCUGAGAGUUCCAGCCCUGGGAUGUAUGAAGGCAAACACAUCCACUACUCGGAGGUGGACCACAAGCCUCUGUGUUCAUACAGUCCAAAGCUUUGCAAGCAACGCAGACUCAAUGGUUACGCUUUCUGUAUCCGCCAUGUACUUGAGGACCAAAGUGCCCCUUUUCGGCAGUGUGAAUAUGUAGCCAAGUACAAUAGCCAGCGCUGCACCAACCCAAUACCCAAGGCUCACGACCGCAAGUAUUGUAACAGUCACCUUCAGGUAAUGGGUGUCCUUCCCAAGAAGGAGCGAAAGAAAAAACAAGAUACCAUAGAGUCUUUGGCCCUCAAGAUUACAGUUCCAUCCCUGGCUCUGAAGACCCACAAUGGGCUUGACCAUUUAUCCCCAUUCCCACCACCCUCCCUGGCUUGUCUACUCCCCUCAGAUCCCUUUGCCUUUUGCAGGGAAGAAAAAAUGUUAAAAGCAAGUGACACAUUCCUGAAGAAACCCCAAGAAAACCAAACUCUGAAUCAUAAGCAGAAACAGCAAGAUCACAGUGUGGACCCGGCCUCUCUUUCUUCAACCCCUAUACAUUCUUGUCUCCCCCCUCCACAGACUAGAAGAACCACACAAACGCCUUUAGGUCCCUCCUCCUCUUGCACACCAAUCCUACAAACCUCCAAACUGCAGUCAGGUUCAUUAUUCAAAACCUCAUCACCUCUUCAGGCCAGCCAUCAGGGCUCGGCAGAACCAACUCCAACUGACCACAAAAUGAAUCUAAACCUUAAUCAUGCCUUUGACAAAACGGUUGUCCCUGCUGCUUCAGGGAUGCCAAGUAGCUGUGAAGACAUGCAUAGAAAUGUAAUAAAAAUGCAUUCAGUUGCCAUGCAAAAACAAGCUCCAUGUUUGAGGCAGUUCUAUAGAUUGAUGGACCAGCACAAGAGGAGAUACCAAGACCUGAACCCACAUUUAGGGCUUGACUGGUCAGAAGACAGUGAAGAGGAGGAUGGAGACUUGGGGAAACUAGUGUCAUAUCAAUGCCAGAGACUACAAGAGAACCACUUUGACGAGAGUGCCAGCAGUUCCCGUUCUGAGCGUUUGGCCGGCUUCUGCUCUUACCUGAGACAGAAACACUGGCACCUUUGCAGAGAGCAAAGGAGUUACAGGAGAGAGAGGAGAUCCCAGCAUGCCCUUCGUAAAUCCCUGUUGCGGGCUGCAAAAGAGGAACCUCACCACACUGCACAGCUUAUUCAGGAACAACAUAAAGAGACCUCCACACCUUCCAGCACUGCAGAACCAUUGGCUGGAGUUGCAGACUCAGGGGUGUGUUUGGCUGUCGUGAAAGGUGGAGAGUGCCGAAAUUCAGCCUUACCUUUCACCAGGCACUGCUUUCAGCAUAUCCUUCAGAACCGUUCUCAGCAGCUGUUUUCAAGCUGUACCGCUCGUUUCGCAGAUGGAGCUCAGUGUUCCGUUCCCGUCUUUGACAUCACACAUCAGACGCCUCUUUGUGAUGAGCACGCCAAGAAAAUGGACAAUUUCCUCCGAGGCGAUAUUAGCCGUAGAACAUACCACCACCACCAGCAGAUUCAGCGACAUAGGCCGCUGAAGAAAGCCAAGCCUCCAGCCCUCAGUAAAAAGCAUAAGAAGAAAGGCAAGAGGGGAACAUCACGGCGCCCUCAGAAACCCAUUCCCCCCGCACUGCCCCAGGGCAACCUGGGCAUGCCUUCCAUCUUGUGCCUGCCCACACAGCCCUCUGGCAUAAGGAGCCCUUUAACUCCUGAUUUAAGUGCAGAUGAAUUUCCCGAUGACAUCAGUGACAUUCCACAUGACCUGGAAUUGAAUCAGGAGGAUUUCUCAGAUGUUCUCCCUCGACUCCCGGAUGACCUGCAGGACUUUGAUCUUUUUGAAGGUAAGAAUAGUGAGCUGUUGCCAACGUCUGAGGAAGCCGAGGAGCUGGUUCGCGUUCUGCAGGCCAUGAGCUCAUACCCCGAAUCCCUUGCAUGUCUUAGUGGAAUGGCUGAGCUUGGUCCUGUGGAAGGAGUAGAUUGUCGUAGCAUGCCAGGGGGAGUUGUGGAUCUACUCAGUGCCCGGCUAUCUGCUGAGACUCUUUCCAGCCUGGAGCUGGACCCCAGUCUGCUCCCCACCUCUGAAGAUGCUUUUCCCCCAUCACCUCCAUCACCACAGCCCCCUCUCACUCCCCCGUCCUCUGUAGGCCAUCUCACAGACAGCACAUACCCAAAGAGGCAACCUCAUCUCCUAGUUAAGAUGGAUAACGCCACAGCAGAUCUUAGUGAUCUGCCCCUUGACAAAGAUGAGGACAUCUCUCAUGGCUCCUGGGGCGUUCUCACCCUUCCCCUUAGCGACUCCUCCCAAUUUCACAGCCUUUUUGCCUCGGACAGCCUGCUGAUGUCCACAACCCUUUCAACACCUCUGACUCCCAUGCCCUCAGCCCCCUGUCAACCCAAUCUGGCCCUCUCUGCUUUGCCUCAGAGCAGCCAGACUGUCGUGGUUACUCGCUCAACACCUGCAUCCUCCCCCUCGUCACCAGCGUCGGAGCUCCUCUCCCCCACCCGAAGCAAGCACCUUCUCCCCCCACUUUUCAACCACUGUGGGAUCCCAGCAGACUUACAGCCGCACCACAGUACACCUGCACCCCCUAUGGACCAGGCCUAAAUUGCAGGCUGAACCAAUUUUCCAAUUAUUUGCUACAGUUACAGUAUUCAGGGAACGUGUUGCUGGUGAAUUUUUUUUUUCUUUCCAAAUGUCAGGGUCAUUUUGUCUGUCUUCUCAGUCCACCAACCUACAUACAUCGAGAACAUCAAGCAAUAAAUUUCCCCGUCUGCUUAAAAUAGUUGCUUUUUCUACAGCAAACAGAUAACUAGAUGGAUUUUAGCCAUUAAUAUCACUUGUAUCCUUAAAUGCAUAUUUAAUAUAUUUAUAGAGUAGCAGUCUGCACAACUAGUUUUAUCGAUGAGUGAAAAUGUGUGGUAACUGGUGAAAAUGUGGUUAUUGUUUAGAGAUAACUGGGUUUGUUAGUGGCAAAGGGGACAGGUGUCAUGGUUGUAUCGCUAUUUUGUCCCGUGUUCACUGUUUUGGCAGAUGGUGUUUGUGCUUUUAGUAGCCAUUAAAAAUGGGGUCUUGCUCUAAGUGUAAGUGCCUGCCAUAAAAGCAAUGUAACACCUAAUCAGUGUAUUGCAAAUCAACAAAACAUGACUCAUUGCAUUGUCACUUACUAAAAACCUGUAAAUGCACAAAAUCACACUCCUGAACUCAUGAAAAGUGGCAUUUACAUCAAGAGUCCCCAUUUUUGACUUCAUGUAGGUAAUAGACGUUACCGUAAAGUUACUUGAGGGUGUUAAACUUCUGAGUGUUUGAUGUGCUCCUGAGUAAGGCCUUUAGCUGCAGUGAUAGCAGUUGUGGGAAAUAAUUGGUGUGAAGCUAUAGUCAGUUACUCUUGUCUUGGCUUUUAAAGAGAGUAGUUUUGACGCCUUUACCCUCGUGUCAUGCCAAGUCUACAUUUGCAUUUUCACCUUGUUCUUUGCAGAUGCUUUCUUACCAAAGCCUCUUUUUAGUCCACAUCAGAAAAAUAUGUAUUAUCUAACUGAAUCAUUAUACUGUUAUUAUGUUUGGGCAAUUUAGCUUUUAAAGGGAACAGUGAACGUUUAAUAAUGAUAGAGAAUUAAGGUUUGGGUAGACUUGGUGUUGUACCAGAUAAUGCUGCUUUUACCAACAGGCAUACUUACAGAUGAUUUCCUUGCACACCGAGGGUCGUCUCAUAUACUUUUCAUACAUGUAUUCACUGAAUGUAUCAAGUCAACAAAAAAAAAAGUUUAUUAUAAUCAAUUAAAAUGUUAUGGUCCUCUUCUUUGUUCAAGGUAUUUUUAUGUAUUGACAUGUUUACUUUUGUUACUUAAGUGCUUGGAUGUGGGUGUGCGUGUGUAGAAAAAGUGUAAGAGAUUCUAUUUGUUUUAUUUGAAAUGUGUGAAAUAAAACUGCUAUGACCAUGA